UGAUGUCAAUUGAAUCAUUUGAAGACGGUAUAUCAAUAAUCUUAUAAAUCGUGAAAACAUUUGUGACACUGUUUUAAUCCUUCGCGGACAACAGUAACGGAAGAGGCGUGUGCUCGUUGAAACAAUGCCACACAAGGUCAAGUUCAAGCUGCUCCAUGUGAGUGGACAUGACGAGGGAGUGAAUCCGCUAGAGCUGGAGGUACACAAUCCAGUCAUCCAGGGAUGGAUAUCGGCCAGAUUCUGCCUCUUCCCCCAAGAGCUUGUGUUCAAAAUGGAGAAAAGAACAAGAGUGCGCAAACUACAGAUACUUGCACACCAAUACCUUAUACCCUCAAAGGUGGAAUUGUUCAUCGGAGAGGGUCCCACUUUUGAUACUAGUGUGACUAACAACGUGCGCUAUUCUCGCCUGGGAUACAUUGCAUUGAGUGACAAUGAAAAGACGGGGUUCAAAGCCAGGGAGCUAAAAAGUGUGCAUGUGGAUGCGAUAGGAGUCUACCUCAAGAUAGUGGUGUACAAAAACCACGUCAAUAGAUACAACCUCUACAACCAGGUGGGUUUGGUCGCCAUCAACGUCAUUGGUGACUACGUGCCCAAGAAGAAAGCAGGCGAUCCAAACAACCCUGCGACGCAGGCUAUCAUAGACAGCUACAUUCCUGGCUUCUCCUUCGACACCAGCAAGCAGGGGUUCAAUCCCCGUGAGGACCCCCUCACUCUCGGAGCCAUCAACAACAGGCCCGACUACGUGUCUCCUCUGGAUGACCUGGCCUUUGACAUGUAUCAGGAUCCAGAGGUUGCCCGCAUUAUCCGAAAACUAGACAAGAGAAAGACGCAGGCCAUAUCCGAGGAGCGUUUUGACCUGGCGAAGAAGAUCAAGCAAGCUAUAGUGGAUCUUCAGAAGGUGGGAGAGAGACUGGGCAAGUAUGAGGUGGAGAAGCGGAGAGCACUGGAGGGGGAGGACUUCGAUUUAGCACAGCAAAAGAAGCAGCAGAUGGAAGAGUACAGGGCUCACAUUCAGCAGCAGCUGGAGUACCACUCCCUACUAGACUAUGAAUCACAAGGGAAAACACGUCAGAGUCAGCCGCUUCCGCCUGCAAAACUGAGGACUCCUACGCCUCCCCUCAGACCGCAACUGAAACCACUCAGUCCCCCACCUGUGCCGGCAGCUGCCAAAGCUCAGACUCCUCCGAUGCCCUCUCCCAUUCCAAGUCCAGUUCCAUCGCCCAGUCCUGAACCAGUUCCAACUGCACGCGCUCCUGAAGUUCACGAUGAAAGACCCCUGCCGGUACGCAGGUCGCCGAGUCCUCCUCUGAUACCAGAAGACGUGGGUGGUAUCCUGGACGAAAGUGAAGGAAGUGGGGAUCAGGAGCCGGAACCUCUGAGCGAGAAGCACGUCAGGGAGGCACAGGCCGUCAUAGAUGUCUUCGGCCUCAAAAUGGUGACAGGUGCGUACAGCAAACAAUGGUCGUACAGAGAGGACGCACUGCUUGCAGUGUACAAGAUUCUAGAGGAGACGCCCACUUGGGAGUCAGAGCAGCGCUCAGGUGUGGGCGAGGAAGAGGGUAGGAUUCAGAGGAGCAACAUGUUGAAAAACGCCAUCUUUCUCUGUAGAAGAGCAAUUCUGGAUAAAGUGAUGGCAGUGUUCAAUGCGUCCCUGAAGCUCCUAAAGAUGAUUUUAGUCGAGUACAUUCCCAAACACUCUAUAGACAGGGCUGACACUAUCUAUGCGGUGGAGAAGACACUACCUAACUUAGUGAGCAGGACAGGUGAGACAAGUCAGCGACAGCGAGUAGCAGCCAAGGACUUCAUCAAUGACAUGGCACUGAUGAGGGAAGUGAAGCCACUGCAGAUAGUGCCCCACUACUGCUCCCUGCCCAUAGAGAAGAGUGUACCGACUAGACUGGCCGUCAGUAGGUGCGAAGUAGUAGAAAAGUUGGUCAGAGAUCUUGGUAUGACUCGAAGUGGAUUCAAUGUGGACAACGUCAUGAAUUUCUGUGCGGCUGCCCUUGAGCACAACGCAAAAGAGGUGAGGGAAGUGGCUACUAGAAUAAUUCUGGAUGUGUACCAGUUUAAGGGAGACCCAGUGCGCUCCUUUCUACCUCCGGACAAUGACAACACUCGCAAGAAUGUGCUAUACAAACAGAUAUUUGAGGGGUUCGAUCGCAUAGAUGCAACAGGCGGCGGAGGAGGAGCAGGAACUGCGCGUUCUCAACCUGGACCCAAUAGCAAGCCCAAUACAGGUAGAAGUGCCAAACAGCCAGCUGAGAAACCGUAUGCCGACCAGCUAGAAGUAGUGAGUACUUCGAAGAGUGUGCGGAGUAAAGCUACCCCGAGUGAAGCGGCAGACGACAUGUCAGUAGUACUGGACAACAUGUGCAUCUUCUGUGGGGAGAGAAAUGAAGCGUUCAAUGAAGAGGGUCUGGACCUGCACUACUGGAAGGAGUGUGGGAUGUUGAGGCGCUGUCAGAACUGCAAGCAAGUUGUUGAGAUUGCGCACCUCACCGCUCACCUGGUCACAGAAUGUGAGGCUAAAGACUCGUUCUCCAAAUGUCCGAGAUGUACUGAGGCUAUUCCAAACGCAGACUACGACUUGCACGUCAAAUCUAAAACCUGCAAUGCAGCCAAACCGGAUAAGCAGGCCAACCACUGUCCCCUGUGCCACAUUAACUUCGCCCCUGGAGAGGAGGGCUGGAAGAUGCACCUGAUGGGCAAAGAAGGAUGCAAGGAGAACCCUCGCAGAAUACCCGCUCUCAACAGAGCCAAAAAUUCGUCUUCUCCCAAAAAGGGCGCGACACAGAGUGGCCCAGGGGCGCGAGGGCUCAAUGCAGGUGGUGCCGGAAGUGUAUCUAGUAGACAGCUCGCACCUCCCUCUCAGAGGUCUCCGCGGAAGACGACUCCGCGCAAAUAGUACUCGCUCAUAACUGUACAGUCUCGCCUUCAAUGCCACAUAUCACCACAUGAGAAGCAACAGACUGAACUAUUCUUUUAAUAUAUUGUGAUCAAAUUAGUAGAUUGGGUUGCCUGACGAAAUACCCCCUGUGAAAAUUUAUACCAUCUAUUUUGACUAGAAUAGGUUUGGAAAUUGGCAAAAUGGAUGAAUGAACACUCGUUUGAUUCCAAUCCACAAAUGUCAGCUUUAAUAAAAAAUUACACUAAAACUACAAAAAUUACUGAUUGGCAAUGAUCGGAUUCGAUGUUUGUUAACAAUGUCCAUUACGAUAGUUUUUUCUUGGAAUAUUUUGUCAUGGCAACAAUAGAUGUGUUACGUUUCAAUUAACUAAAAUGGUUUAUCAGAGACUUAACAUGAUCCGAAAAUAGAACUGUUGUGAAUGUCAGUUUGCAAAUUAUCCGUCGGUAGCUUUUUGAGUUCAGUUUAUUUUUAUGAAGUGUCAA